AUGGCGACGGUACCGCAGCGCGAAACUUCGACGCUGGAGGAUAUUCACGGAGCUCUGGUGGCCGAAAGAUCCAAAAAGGCCUACGCGUCAGGCAUCCGUCAAGUCGUCAAGUGGAUUCAGCAGAUCAAUCAAGCCGAUGCUCUACUGAGUGCCGACGGCUCGAUCAAUCUGGCAGCGUUUUCGUACGACGACUUUGUCCGGUUUAUCGUCUGGACCAUGCAGAACACUGCUGUGAAGGCAAGCACGAUGUCCGGCUACAGGCAUACGACGUAUUACAGCUACAAGUGA